AACAUCAAUCACUAAACUAAACAUUUCAGGACUGUGUUUUGUGUACGCGCCGACCCGGUGACUUUUAUUUUGAAAUUAUAUUUUUUCCGUAUGCGGAGCUUCACAGGAAAACGACGAUGCGACGAACGAACUGAAUUUGUGGGAACGAGAUGUUGUCAUCACGUUUAUUUCGCAUUACCCGGGUUCCUUUAACUGGAUGUCGAUAUCAUCAUGCAAGACUCAACCGGGUCAACUCGCACACUCACGUGCAGGCAUAAUAGAAGCCCGGAUUGGCUCGCGCACCGGCUGUCACCCUCCACGCGCACAGUGCAAAUCCAACCAGUCUCGUUGUAUUCUGAUCUGGCCUCAAAGAAAUUCAAUCUAAUUUAUGCGUUUCCACCAAUCAAAGGCCUGCGGGCUCUGUCAAGACUCAAACUGAUGCAGACGGGCAUUACUGUCAUCUUAUUGCCCACAGUGUAUUACCUGUACCAUCAGGGACAGGCUUCAGUUACCCUACUGACUUACUCCACCGGCAUAGCUGUGUUUGCUGGCAUUAUGCUUUAUUCCAUAAGCUACUAUGUCAGGAGAGUGGUCGGCAUGAUGUAUUUGGAUUCAACGCAGACCACCUUAAAGGUGUCACACCUGACCUUCUGGGGCCACAGGAGAGACAUUUACCUGCCCGUGUCAGAUGUGAUGACCCUCGGAGAUGCUGGUGAUACCAAAGGAGAACCUAUUCUUCGCUUUAAGCGCUACAGCAGUUCUGAUUCAAUGUUCUUCUCCACUAGACUGGGACGAGUGGUGGAUAAAGAUGCUUUUGAGAAGGUUUUUGGGAGCAUGGAGUGAAUCUUGACCUGCUGUGGUUCAAUUUGUCAUGUCAGACAUCACUGGAUAUUGUGUGCCAGUUGACAAAUAAAAGUGUAUUUCACACAAUCUGUAAGAAGCAUAAAUGCUUGAUGUACCAUAUUCAUUUCUCAUUAAACGUGUCGUUGGCAUCA